AAUGCUAGGAAGCUAUUAAAUUAAACUGAGCAAAAAUAUGGACAAAUUAUUGAUGUUUUUUAAGGAUUAGGUUAAAGACAUUAUAAUAUAUUUCGUAGCAAAAUGUGAUUUGAUAGAGGGUUUCUUAGAAAAUGCUUAAAAAAAUUUACAGAAAGCCAAUGAAAUUGAUUAGAAUAAUUUAGAAAAUAAAACAAUUCAAGGUAUAAUCUUAAAAUAUACUAAAGUUUAAUUGUUAAAAAAAAAAAGAAAGUAUGAUGACUGUAAGAAUCUUAUAGAAGAAUUAUUGAACAGAUAAUUAAAAAAUAAAGAUAAGGAGAUAUUAAUGAGAUUGAAACGUAUUGAUAGGUUCUAUUCUUAGCAUAAAUCUAUUUCAAAUAAGAUAAAUUUUAAGAAGCUAUGGUUUAUUGUUAAAAAUAUUUGGAGAAUAAUCAAGCUCAUUAGGACAUAUGUUAUACUUUUGGAUAAUCUUUAUUGGAAAAUAAAAUUUAUUUAUUGUCUAUUCAUUUUUUUGACAAAGUAAUAAAUUAAGAAAGUCAUCAUUUAGACGCUAACAGUGGAAGAAGUAAUUUAAUAUAAUAAAUUAGGUUAAGCUUUAUAAAAGUUUAAUGAAUAAAAUUAAAUAGCAUAGAGCUAAAUUAUACCAAAAAAUCAUAGAGUUCUUAAAAAUAAAUAAUUAUCGACAAUUAGACUUGCGCCUAUUUUGAAUGCACCUAUUUUGAAUGCACCUAUUUUUGAUACAAAUAAUUUCUCUAGACCUAAAACAAGUUAAAUUCGAUAGUAACAUAAUUAGUGA